GAGGUCUGGGCCAGACUCUACGGAAAGCGCUUGAAGCAAAAGACACCACCUCCCAAAUGUCAAGUGGGUGAUCGCGUACGCCUCAACAAGAAACAUCGACCCUUUCAAAAAGGGUAUCUACCUGGAUGGACAGAAGAAGUGUUUGUGGUGACGCAUGUACGUCGUCAUCCCAUCGUGACCUAUCGACUCAGUGAAUGGGAUGGUACGCCUAUAAAAGGUACGUUUUACGAACCGGAUGUGCAAAAAGUGCAAGUGUCCGAUGACUCGUUAUUUCGGGUCGAAAAAGUCUUGAAACGUAAAGGACGCAACGUAUUAGUGCGUUGGAAAGGCUGGCCACCCAAGUACGAUAGUUGGAUUCCCGCCCAUGGUACGAAGAAAACAAACAACGCAUCGAAAAAGAAGAAGUAGACGGUUUCUGUACUCAAUACCCACUGAAACCAGUGACACGUCACCCCACAUGGAUGAGGUCGAGAUCAUGAAGUUCAUUAACAAGGAAGCGGCGAAACAAAGACGAGCCAAAGUCAACAAAAUGGCAGGGCUGGCCUUUGGUGAACAAGCUCUUCGUUCUUACACGGCUGCCCAAAAGAAACAACGCCGGCGCGCUGGUCGUCAUCCGCCCAUGCGCAAGAAGAAAAAAACCACCCAACAAAAAACUUGCUUAACUCUAAUGGAACUAGCCCAGGCCUUUCCCAACAUUGCUCAGCAAGUAUGUUUUUAUCCCAAACAAUCAACCUUUAAUUCUUUAGUGGGACGAGUUCCUCGUAGCAAACAGAAAGUGGUUCAGUGGCUAUAAAAGCACCUUGUACUCUCUGAGAGGCGCCUCUUGUUCACCAUGAGUGAGAUUAAACGCUUGACGCUUAUCAGCGACCCGACCGACGAGUUUCCCAAAAAUACUAACAACAGUUUCAAGGUCCGUCUACCCGAACCUCUCUCCUUACAGGGCGAGGGUUGGUAUGCCUCGUUGAUGUCUCUGACCGUUCCGGAUGAAGGUCAGAGCAAUGCUGUCAUCGCCUCGGAUCCACAUACCAAAGUAAUCCGAUACAAACAUCCGAUAAGUACCCGCAAAUGGACAGACACGGGCGACCCAUCCACCUCAGGGUAUUUGUUCAUAGACACCUCAUUGUCGACCAAAAUGAUCGAAUUGGAAGAGAUCAUGAAUGCAACUCAAAUCGUGUCCACAGGGAGUCAGUUUUGGAAACGCGUGAUGCAUACGUUGCACAACAAAAUCAUGACCGAAGUGAUGAAAGAUCAAUGGAACGCAUCAGUUGCCGAACGCGACCGAAAACCGAUUGUGUUUGUCAAUAAACACGGUAUGCCUCAACUGAGUUGGAAAGGGGAGUCUCUGGUGAUUGAAGCGAUUGCCAAAAAGAACUUGAUGAACAAUCGCCAAGUUAGCAUGGUGGAGUUUUACAUCAACGUGGACAUUGCGCUCAAGUUUGGCUUGCUGCGCAGAAAGACAGGCAAGACUGGGUACGCGACGUCCGAUUUUGUGCUAGGCCCGAAUCUGCAAUAUUCUCUACCCACCAAGACCUAUGAUGAGAGCACUGGUCCCGUCGGUAGUCGAUAUCGAACCUAUUACAAUUGGGAAGGGGACGUGUACGAGGGCGUCAACUUCAUCGGCAGUGCCUUUUCUAUCAUGACAGCAGACAAUGUGAAAUGGUUGAGAUUGUUCCCAGCGUUUGAAUGGCAGUUGUACAACCUGGAUGCCUCCUUUGAAAAGAUAGUGGGCACUAGCAAACGCACCGUUAUGGUCUAUUCAGAUCUCGUCGAAUCCACCGUGGUGGGCAGUGGCAAGUUUCCCCUGUUGCGGGAAGUGCAAUUGUUGAGAACUGGGGAUGGUGAAAGUACGGCAGAACCCCUGCACCACCAAUGGAUCAAACUACGAGGCCAACAAUUGGAUAUAGUGGAAGUGGAAAUUGCCAGUACCGCUGGACCCCUGACCAUCUUACCUCCCGGCAAAACCAUUGUGACGAUAGGUCUCAAACAGCUAUAAAAACUACCACGCACCCUUAGACGAGUAUCCUCAUCAUGAGUGAGAUUAAACGCCUGACGCUCAUCAGCGAUCCGACCGACGAGUUUCCAAAAAAUACUAACAACAGUUUCAAGGUCCGUCUGCCCGAACGUCUCAACUUACCGGGCGAAGGUUGGCACACCUCGUUGAUGUCCCUGACCGUGCCGGAUAAAGGACAGAGCAAUGCCGUCAUUGCGACGGAUCCUCAUACCAAAGUCGUCAAAAUAAGCGUCACGUUUUUGACGCGCAAAUGGGUCCAGGGGGAGUAUAAACUGGUCGAAUUCAAGACUAAGGAUUAUGGAGUGGAAUUGGAAGAGAUUAUGAGCGCCAAACAAUCUGUAACCACAGGCAGUGAAUUUUGGAAACGCGUGAUGCAAGAAGUGCACAAUAAGGUCAUGCAGGCAUUGAUAAACCGACAAAGUGCUGCCUUGACCGCUGAUAGUGGUAAAUAUCCCAUAGUCAGUGUGAAAAAGAAUUGGAUGCCUUUGAUGACCUGGAAAGGUGAUGCCUUGGUGCUGCAUGCUGUGCCUAAAGAAGACUUGAUGAAUGCGAACAAGAGCAAAGUUACGAGCGCCUUUACGAUGGAUCUGGAGAUAGCGAAAAGGUUUGGCUUCGUUGAACAACCCGUAGGUGUGGAUAUUGGUUAUGUGAUUGGGCCCAAUCUGCAAUUCACUUGCCCUACCGUGACCUACACAAACCAAACCAAGCCAGACAGUACCAUCCCCUCUGCUCGCGCGGAGUUCAAUUGGAAUGGAGAGCAUUAUACAGGGGUGCAACCCUCAGAUUUGACUGAUGACGAGAUGGAUCAAAUGUUCGAGGUCAACGGAAAACGGCUUAAUUUGUCUAGGAUGGUAGAAUGGCAGUUCAACAACCUGGAUGCUUCGUUUGAAAAGAUCGUAGGCACCAGCAAACGCACUGUGAUGGUCUAUUCGGAUGUGGUGGAAUCCACCGUAGUGGGGAGUGGCAAGUUUCCCCUGUUGCGGGAAGUGCAAUUGUUGAGAACUGGGGAAGGAGAAAGUACAGCAGAACCCUUGCACCACCAAUGGAUCAAAGUGCGAGGCAACCAAUUGGACAUUGUCGAAGUGGAAAUUGCUGAUACCAGUGGCCCCCUGACAAUUUUACCCCCCGGCAAAACCAUUGUAACGAUAGGUCUCAAACAGCUAUAAAAACCACCACGCACAUCAGAGAGAAGACCAUACAAAAACAGAACAGAGAUGCGAGGAGGGAGUUUAACGCGCUACCACACGCCCGUGGUGACGACCCAAGAGGGAAAAGGAUUGGCCGAAGACUUAAUCAAACUAGCUGGUCCUCUCAUCGUGCAACAAGCCCAAGAGGGACUCCAAGAUAUCCAACAAGGAAUGAGUUUAGCCGACACCUUGUCGAAUCGUGGAGAGCAAAUUAAACGUGGUUUGAAACGCAAAGCUCCUGCCAUGGCCUGGACCGUGGGAAAAAACCAAGCCAAACGAACCGCUCAAAAUACCUAUAAAAGAACGACUCAACGUGUACGGGAUAUUUUUGGAUUGUAAAUGAUGGUACGCAUUGGUGGAUUUCGCAAAACGCAAAAUCGCAUUCGACUUCAGCGGCCCCGAGGCCGGUUCAUUUCACCGUAUCAAACGGGGGGGACUAUCUUUGGUAAAUCUACCACAGCACGCUACCCCUUCAUGUACUCAUCAUCCCCAGCACUAGAGCGUUGGAUGAAGAAACACCUGCAGCAACGUGGCAAAAUGAAAGGAGGUACGAUUUUUAGUGACCGCAGGCGGAACAAUCCUUUCGGGUUCCCAUCGACGUCGACCCGUAUCAACCCCGAACCCUGGAGGGUGAAACAGGCCCUGCGCCGUAUGAAAGGAGGGGAUCUCAGAAAAGUAUUGUGGGCCAACCAAGCCAAAGCCAGAAGGCAACGACAGGGUAUAAAAAGGAAACGUCGUUGAACGUCUUCACUCUCAUUGUGGACUUGGGGCUGCCCGCAAAAAAAACAUGUCGCUCAAUUUGUUUGAUGUCCCGAAUGUGGAUUACCGGUACGAAGCCUCCAGGGACGUGACGUUUCAACCUGCCUUGACGGGAAUUCAGCCCAUCACGUUUUCCAUCCCGGCCUCCGAAGAUUAUUAUGAUCUCAACGAACUCCGUUUUCAAGUCAAAGUACGUCUGACUGAUCCAGCCGGUGGGUAUGCAGGAUUGAAAGCCAAUUUGGCCGAUUCCGAUGCCAACAAUACCAGAAACACCUACUGCGUCAACAAUUUUGCUCACUCCAUCUUUCGAGAUAUUACCAUGAGCAUGAAUGGUGUGCUCAUGACUGAACAGAGCAAUACCUACCAUUACAGAGCCUACUUGGAAACCUUAUUGAAUUACAACAGAGAAGAAGGAGCCACCAAGUUAGCCCCUCAAGGCUGGGUGAAUCAACUCAAUGUGAUUGACGAGAUGGGGGCAACAGGUGCCAAUUCCGAUAUUCCUACCACUGCUGGUUGGAGUGGAAAUGUAGAAUUGCGAGCCUUGACCAGCCGGUUGCUAAGCGAAAAUUGGCACACCUUUAUCAUCCGUCCUCAUUUACCACCCCUCAAGACGGGUAAAUGUUUGGUGCCUGGUGUGCAGUUGGACUUUGAAUUGUUUCUAAACCCCAAGUCUGUCUACUUGAUGGGUACCCCCAACAAAGGGACCUUAACCACCAAGAAAUUUCCAGCCAUCCAUAAUGAUGACAUCAAAGUCACCUUACUGAUGCGAAAAGUGACCUUGAACGCGAGUGUCUAUGUCAGACUGGAAAAAGAAAGACAGCUGAGAAAAAAGAUUGUGCGCUACCCAGUGGUUCGAAGUGAAAUCCGCACCUUCUCCUUUGAUGGAAGAACUACCCAGUGGGAACAAGACAAUGUGUUUGUGGGUCGAUUUCCCGAUCGAGUGAUAGUGGGAUUGCUGCAUUCCAAUGCCUUCAAUGGUGACCUACAAAGAUACCCCUUUGCCUUUGAAAAGUUUGGGGUGACGCAAGUGCGACAAAGUUUGAAUGGAGAAGAAUAUCCUUACAGAACCCUAGAACUAACAGGCGAUGAAGCCUAUGAAGAUCUACUGGGCUACGAUCGCUUUCUACAAGCCAUGGGUUCCUACAAUGAAGACAAGAUCCCCAUGCUGUUACCCAGUGAUUGGGGACAGGGCAACAACUGCACAUUGUUUAUGUUCAACAAUGUGGCAAGCGGCAAAGCCGAUGACCCUCAGUAUCGCAACCCUCGUAAAUCGGGGAAUGUACGACUGGUGAUUGAUUUCAGGGCCGCUGUUAAUCACAACAUCACUGUGUUGGUGUGGAGCGAAUAUGAAAACAUGUACGAGAUUAAUCAUCUGGGAGGUAUAAAGUACAACAUCAACGGCUAA